AUGAGGACCCCGCUCCGCGCUGCGGCGGCAGCUGCUCGGUACCUUCGGCGGUGAAACGGAAAAAAUGAACGAGGACACGCGCCCAGACGAUGACAGCUUCAUGGUGCGAGUCAAAGCGGUGGUGAUGACCCGAGACGAGUCGAGUGGCGGCUGGCUGGCGCUGGAUGGCUGCCUGAGCAGAGUUGGCGUGUGCAGACUGUUGCCUAGCAACCUGCUGGGACGCAACACCUUUCUGAUUCAUGGAGAACGCCUCAGAGACCACCAGGUGAUCCUGGAGUGCAUCUUGAAAAAGGACCUGGUCUACACAAAGGCAACGCCCACAUUCCACCACUGGAAGGUGGACAACAGGAAGUAUGGUUUGACCUUCCAGAGUACGUCGGAUGCUCGAGCCUUCGACCGUGGAGUGAGGAAGGCUCUGGAGGACCUGACAGAAGGCUCGACCACGUCUUCAUCCACACUGCAAAAUGAGGCGGAGCUUGGGGACGACGAUGUCUUCAUGACGGCCACAGACAGCUCGUCCAACUCGUCUCAGAGGAGGGAACCCACCUUGCACGCUCUGGCUCCGGCCCACUUCUGUGAACCCCAGCGGCACCAUUGCAUUCUGGGACAUUUCUAUGAGCAGCACCGACCGACAGACCCCUACUUCCUGGACCCGGUGGUGCACAUGUUUCCUCAUCACGUCAGCUUCCCAGUGGAGGAAGAGGAAGUCGUAAAUGUCAACCCACGGGAGCGAACCUGGCUCACCGGCUACGAGGACUACCGUCAUGCCAACUCAACCUGUGAACACUUGGCUCAGGUUCACAACCCAGACACCUGCAUGCAUUUCACCAAGAGUGGGCUGCCAAAACACAACUACACAUGCCCAUACCCGCUGACCUGCGACGUGCAGCAGGGCUACAGCAGUAAACCCGGCUGCCUGGAGCUGAGCGGCGGACACAGGUCAGUGGUGACGCUGUCGCCACAACCGCUUCCACCCAAAUGCAAACGAGAAGCGGAGGAGCUGGCGCCUUUCCGCUGCGUUUACUGUCAGGACAUAUUCAGCCAGGAGGACAAUGGGAGGGGGCGCUGCCAGGAGGCACCUGACCCCAUCAAGACCUGCAUCCGACGGGUCAGCUUCAUGUGGUGCGCUGACAGCCUGCUGUACCACUGCAUGUCGGACCCUGAGGGUGACUACACCGACCCGUGCUCCUGCGACACCAGCGACGAGCGCUUCUGCCUGCGCUGGAUGGCGCUCAUAGGUCUGUCCUUGGUGGCACCCUGCAUGUGCUGCUAUGCUCCUCUGAGAGCCUGUCACCACUGUGGCAUGGCCUGCCACUGCUGCGGCGGGAAACACAAGGCUGUGGGCUGA